CCUGGCAUUUUUGUUUAGUAAUUAUUUUUCUAGAUGCAGCCCAUCUUGUGCGUCAAACAGCACGUCACACUCCGGUAAUGGCUAUUCAUGAAGUUGUGGUAUUGCUGAAAAGAGCAUGAUGGAAAAGCAACUCAGCCAGCUCAUAUUGAACUGUUAAACAGACGAAAAAAAUGAAAACAAUCAAGUAAUUUCCCAAAUGAUUUGAUAUAAAAACAAUCUUUGACAGCCUAUACCAAAUCUCCGCGUCCCUGCCAAUAUAAAUCUCCCAAAGAUAGCCCCUCCGACAGCAUAGGUGAUCAAUUAUUGCCGAUAUGGCAAAGCUGAGAGCAUCUUUAACGUCCCCCUCCACAUGUAAUUACAGCGAUGGCUGAGGGAGAUGCGGUCGGUAAUCAAUAGGCGCUUGCAGGUACGCGCUGCUGCCUCUUCACACGCGCGCGCACACGCACACUGUCUCGCUUGUUUUCUUCCUCAGCGCUGGAUGUGAGACGUCAGCGUCACCACCGCAGCCCAUAGACACACACAGCCUGCGGCCACACAUUUUACCACCGCGUCUGGAAGGAGCGAAGUCCGGAUAGCGCAACAUAUUGGCACGCGAACAUUUCCCCGUUGCGUUAUCACCUUUCUGCGGAGACCAGAAAAGGCCACUCCAUGACAGUCUCGCGUCGCGCACAACGUCUUUGCGCAUCCCACAGCAGCGGCGUCUCAUCUCGGAAUUGCUGAAAAUACUAUAAGACAUUACACAACAGUGAAUGCAUCGCGCUAGACCUGCUAUGACCGCAGGGGUUCAUGGAAUGGCUCGCUGGGGGUUGUGUGGGGUUUUAUUCGGGCUGCUGAGGCUCAGCUCGGCUUGUCCUGUGUCGUGCUUUUGCAAUGCCUCGAGGAUCUCGUGUAUCGAUCAAGAACCAGGGAUCGAGGAUUUCCCUGUCUUGGUGCCGGAGUCUGACAUGGAAAACAUCACGGAUAUCUAUAUCUCAAAUCAAAAAAGGCUAUUUACAAUCAACGAGGACCAUAUGAAGUUCUACUCGAAUCUCAGGAAUUUAACAGUGACCAAUACUCACCUGACGUAUGUAUCUACGAUGGCCUUCUUCAACAAUUCCAAACUUCAAUAUCUGAAUCUCAGAGACAAUAACCUAUCAACACUCUCUUGGAUGGCAAUUCGUAAUUCAAACCUGUCGACUUUGUUGCUCUCUGGGAACCCUUUGCAGUGUGCAUGUGAGAACAUCUGGAUCAAAGUCUGGUUGGAUGAUAGUGAGAGAGAAGGUCUGCAGUGUCUACAGGAAGGAGGAAGAGCAAAAGCCCUCUCCAGACUCACUCUUCCUUCAUGUGAGUACCCACGUGUCGAGGUCAUCCCUGCUGUAGUCAGUCAAAUGGCAGGAAGUGAUGCUACUGUGAUAUGCAGUGUGUCUGGAGCCCCGACCCCUGAGCUCUUCUGGAGCUUAAAUUCUAGUGAUCACCCUCCUCUCUCAACCAGCUAUGAGAUCAGCAAAAUGGAGCUGCAGUCUGCGCUGACUCUAAGUGGACUUUCACCUGAUGACAACGGCAGAGAGCUCACCUGCAGUGCCGAGAACAUUGUGGGCCAGAAUGAGGCUUCAGUCCUUCUCAAUAUUCUUUUUCCCCCUACUAUAGUGCAGCUGUACCAGCCUGUGAGGAACCAGGACUGGUGCAUCCCUUUCACUGUGACGGGCAACCCGAAGCCUGAUCUACACUGGUACCAUGAGGGAAAGCUGCUGGAGGAGCAGCAGUACAUCAGGACUGAAAUCCAUGAAAUCACAGAUACGGAGUACCAUGGCUGUCUGCAGCUGGUCAUUCCCACUCACAUUCAUAAUGGCAUUUACACACUGGUGGCCAGCAAUGAGUUCGGAGAGGACAGCGGAAACGUGUCGGCACACUUCAUGCACAUACCUGAUGUGGACCACUCAGGGACAGAGGCAGUGUUCUAUUAUGACACAACAUUUAGUCCAGAAACCCCACCACUGGAGGACAAAGUUGCGGUUUACAUAGUGGUUGGGAUAGCUGGGGUUGCUUUAACUGGAUGCAUCCUCAUGUUAGUUUUCCUCAAAUAUGGUAGAAGCUCCAAGUUUGGUAUGAAAGGCUCCUCAUCUGUCAUCAGUAAUGACGACGACUCGGCCAGCCCGCUCCACCACGUUUCCAAUGGCAACAACACGCCAUCAUCUUCAGAGAUGGGCCCAGAUGCCGUUAUUAUUGGAAUGACAAAGAUUCCAGUCAUCGAGAACCCCCAGUACUUCCGCAACCCUGGCAGUAUGCUGAAAUCGGACACUCUUGUCCAACACAUAAAGCGUCACAACAUUCUGCUAAAGAGGGAGCUUGGAGAAGGGGCUUUUGGGAAAGUGUUCUUGGCAGAAUGCUACAAUUUGUCUCCUGACCAAGAGAAGAUUUUAGUGGCUGUUAAGACUCUGAAAGAGGCCAGUGAAAGUGGGCGAGCAGAUUUCCACCGAGAGGCGGAGCUCCUGACCAACUUGCAGCAUGAUCACAUUGUCAAGUUUUAUGGCGUGUGUGUAGAAAGUGACCCCCUCAUCAUGGUGUUUGAGUACAUGAAACAUGGGGACCUCAACAAGUUUCUCAGGGCGCAUGGUCCAGAUGCGGUGCUGAUGGCGGACGGACAGCAGAGUUUGUUGGUGGAGUUGACUCAACCUCAGAUGCUGCACAUUGCUCAGCAGAUAGCAGCAGGCAUGGUGUAUCUGGCUUCACAGCAUUUUGUGCACAGAGACUUGGCCACACGCAACUGCUUGGUAGGAGAGAACCUGCUUGUCAAGAUUGGAGACUUUGGCAUGUCCAGAGAUGUGUACAGCACCGACUACUAUAGGGUGGGUGGUCACACCAUGCUACCCAUCCGCUGGAUGCCCCCAGAGAGCAUCAUGUACAGGAGAUUCACCACAGAGAGUGACGUUUGGAGUCUGGGUGUGGUCCUUUGGGAAAUCUUCACCUACGGCAAGCAACCCUGGUACCAGCUCUCAAACAACGAGGUGAUCGAGUGCAUCACACAGGGUCGGGUGUUGCAGAGACCUCGUACUUGCCCCAAAGAGGUGUAUGACCUAAUGCUGGGCUGCUGGCAGAGGGAGCCCUACAUGAGACUCAACAUCAAAGAAAUCCACAAUCUGCUCCAGAGCCUGGCCAAGGCAUCGCCUGUUUACCUGGACAUCCUGGGCUGAUCUGUUUGCCAGUAUGGGUGUGCAAUUGAAGAGGCUUGAGGUUGGACACAGAGUGUUUGGAGUGAGCACAGAGGCAAAGUCACCAGCAGUGGCACUGAAGUAUUUCCUCAGACUUUGUUUGGCUCCCUGGCCAUAUGCGCUGAAGUUCUGAUUCAAAGGGCACUUGUCUCUCGAACUGUGGUUCGAAGAACAACGGGAGAGAUGCUGUUCUUGUCUCUUUUUUUUAACCUUAGGGUGCUUACACACUAGAAAGUGAUCUGAUGGACUAGAAAUCCAUCCAGGGUAUUUCCCCACCUUCGGCCCAAUAUGCUGGGAUAGGCUCUCCCUACAUAGGACAAGCGGUUUUGGAGAAUGGAUGGACGGAAAGAACUUGGGCAGUUUGAAAUCAAGCUGGAAAUACAGUCAAUUGGAUUUCUGAAAGCACAACUGGACCCGCCUCCCAGGGAUUCUCAUUGGUCUACGGAUGCCUACGUCAGAACACCUUGCAGCCAAAUUCCAAAUUCUCUCCACUUUUGGUCACAGAGCAUCAAAAUCAACGAAUUCCCAGCAUUCUCCGACAUAGCAUAGACUAGUGUGUAGGCACCCUUAAUCAAGUUGCAAUUUGAUGGACCUUGCCUUUGCAAAGACUGAAGAAAUUUUCUUACAUGUUUCUGGGGAGAACAAACCAUAGAUGUUGUCCAUAAUGCAACAAACCUGCCUGAACAGCUGGAUUUUAUUUGCUCUCUGAUUAUUCAUUAUUAUCUGUUUAUGUAACAACUGCGAAAUAACUGCUAAAUAAUAUGUGUAUGUGAUAAUCUAUGAUCGAUUUGUUUUCGAUGUAUUGUGGUCCGUUUCAAAGCGAUGGGCUUGGUGGGCACUGUGAAGUGAAUGUUCAUGUGAGAAUGGCACAAGUCGUACUGUCCCUGAGGUCACGACAGGAAGACCCUAUGAAGGGACCGUCCCGAUUCAACUUGUGUUUCAACCCCACCAAACAAGUUACCAGAGGAGGACUACAAAAAGACUGAAUGGAAACUAAAAUUGUCAUAUGACAUUAUACAGUGAUUUUGGAAAGUCAUUUUUUCCACAUUUUAUCAUGUUGCAGCCCUAUUAAAAAAGAAAAAUUACAUCAGUCAACACUCCUAAUUCAAUAAUGACAGAGAAAAAAACAAAUUUGUGAAAACUUUCCAAAAUUAUAAAAAAAGAAAAAACUGAAAUAUCACAAUGAUAUAAGUAUUUAGACCCUUAACUCAGUACUUGGCUGAAUCACAUUUGGCUGCGAUUACAUCCUCGAGUCUUUAUGGGUGUGAAGUCACAAGCUUUACGCACCUAGAUUUAAGGAAUUUCUGCCAUUAUUCUCUGCAGAUUCAUUCAAGCUCUGUCGGAUGGGCACUGUUGGUGGACAGAGAUUUUCAGGUCUCUCCCAAGACGUUUGAUUUAUUGAGUUCAGUUUCAAGCUCUGGCUGUGUCACUCGAGAACAUUCAGAGUCAUCCCUAAGCCACUCUUGCAUUGUCUUGGCUGUGUGCUUAGGGUCAGUGUCCAGUUUGAAGGUGAACCUUUGGACCAGUCUAAGGUCUUGAGGGCUCUGGACUAUGUUUUCAUUAAGGAUAUCUCUGUAUUUUGCUGUUUUCAGCUUUCCUUAUACCUUGACCAGUUUCCCAGUCCCUGCCUCUGAAAAACACCCCCAAUGCUUCACUGUUAGGAGGGUAUUGCACAGGUGACAAGAGGUGCCUGGUUUCCUCUACAUGUGAUGCUCAGAACUGAGGUUCCUCAGAGCAGGGAAUCUUGUUUCUCAGUCUGAGAGUCAUUUAGGUGCUUUUUUUUUGUGGUACUUUUUCUGUCUGCAUUGAGGAAAGGCUUCCCUUUAGGAAUUAUAGAGGCCGCUGGGCUUUUGGGGACUUUCAAUACAACAGGAUUUUUUUGUAGCAUUUCCCAGACACAAUUCUGUCUCUGAGCUCUGCAGUCAGUUCAUUUGACCUCAGGGCUUGGUUUUUACCCUGAUAUGCAUAUUGUGUUAGUUAGACCUUAAAGGUAUGGUUAACCAAAAAAUGAAAAUUUGCUGUUAAUUUCAAAUCACCCUUAGGUCAUCCAAGAUGUAGGUGAUUUUUUUUAUUUCUUCACUGCAGUUUCUAAACUGCAGUUAUCUGUGAUUCUUAUAAUGGAAGUCAAUGGGUGCUGUCACUUUGAGUUAAAAAAAAAACAACAAAACAAAAUUAAAGGGUUAGUUCACCCAAAAAUGAAAAUAAUGUCAUUUAUUGCUCACCCUCAUGUAAUUUUGCUCACUUGCACGAUCUCAGUUGGGAAGAAUGCCUUUUCACAUAUUCCCAGUGUUUGAGCUCAUACGUCUUCAUGCGUCAGGAAGCUUGCGUUUCAGACUGCUGUGAACGCACUUAGGUGUUGUAAAUAAUGUUGUAAAUAAAUGUCCAGUUUCUUGCACAGAAUAAUCAUUUUGCUUCUCAAGACCUCAAUGCAUCAUCAGGAGCCGCAGAUAUUAAUUUUGAUUGGUCUGCAUAUGUUUGUUUUUUUUAAUCUCAAAGUGAUGGCAUCCAUUGACUUCCAUUAUGUGAAUAACCGAGGACCACGGUUUCAGCUAUAAAUCUUCUUUACUGUUCUACUGAAGAAAAAAGUCACCUUGGAUGGCCUGAGGGUGAAUGAAUUAACAGCAAAUUUUCAUUUUUGGGUGAACUAUCCCUUUAAAUAGACAGGUUUGUGCAUUUCCAAAUCAUGUCUAAUCAAUUAAAUUUGCCACAGGUGAACCCCAGUCGAAGUGUAGAUAUAGCUCAAAGAUGAUCCAGAGAAAUGGGAUGCAACCUGAGCUAAAUUUCAAAUGUCUUAGCAAAGAGUCUGAAUACUUAUGUCAAAUUGUGAUAUUUCAGUUUUAGAUUUUUAAUAAAUUUGAGAGGUCCAUUCAGAGUUAAGCCCAUGACAUACCAAACUGACAUUAAAGAAUUAGCGGCGAAAAAAGCGGAAUGUGUGGUCAAAAAAUGUGAGCUUGAACACAACAGCCAAGUAGCUCUUAAGGCAGGAACACACCAAGCCUACGGUCGGCCGACUAAGUUUUCUCAGUGUGUUCCGCACCGUCGGCUGAAGUCGGUCCUCGUCGUUUUUUCCCCCGGCCGAUUCGACAAUGUUGAAUCGGCGUCAAAGCUCGUUGGUCCGUCUGAUCAUUGUGAUUGGCAGUUCAGCUACUGCCACCUGCUAGUACGGAAAGGCAUUUCAUCUUACGCAUGCGCAGAACAGACGUGCUACUUGGCCGGUGACUGUCGAGCGUCGGUUUGGUGUGUCAGGGCAACUUUGGACCCAGACGCUACCGACGUGAGCCAACCCUGCAGUCUGCUUUCGUUGCCACUAGUUCAUCGGCGUCUGCUUGGUGUGUUUUCUUGGUGUGAUUUCCCCCACACAGAUUUCAGAGUUCGCUGCAUCAAAAAGCUGCUUGGUUUGAAAGUGACUACUGUGUGAGCUGUUCUCCAUACAACACUACAUUAUUGAAAAUGGACAUUUUUUGUCCAAGAUAUUUCACUACUGUCACUGUACCUUAAGGGUGAAACAUAAAAAAAUGAAGGAAUCUAAAUACUUUCUGAAUGCACUGUAGGUAUUUCCAUAGUGGAGUUUGCUAAGGCAAGCAUCACUAUUACUGUUGUUCAUUCUUAGGGCUUACUUUAAUAUUACACAAAAUACACAUUCGAGGCCAAUCAAAACUAAAUCUCGUUGAGUUCCUCAACCUGACUAUCAUUACUGUUGACUAACUCCAGGGCUACAGUACUCGACUUGUCCUCCUCUGCAGGAGUACAUUUUUUUUUUCUUUCUCAAUUCAGAUUGAUGGGGCUCCUCGUGGUCCCCAGCAACACAUUUUGCACCAACUGACUGAUGCUUCAGGGUGUGAAGUACUGGAGAUGUGUUGCUUUGAAAGCGUCUGUAUAUAUGCAAUUAGACUGUAAAUAUACAUGAGCAGGAUCAAUCAUUCUUUGUACACUGAUGUCAAAAAAAUCUUUCCAAACAGUCCAUUGGCAGGACCUACUUUUAACAGCCGACAUCACGAGUUUGUCGAACAGUGUCCAAUUGAGUCAAGUGUCGGUCAUUGCGGUCAUGAUCUUUUGAGCGGUGACUUAUGACCUCUUAGAGCUUUGCACUUUCUUUAUAGAUGUACUGCUCAUAUUUUUGUAGUUUUCACCCUACAAUUGUAAGCACUGCAAAAAAAAAAAAAAAAAAAGAAAAAAAAUGCACUGAAAGAGGUUAUUUACAUUGAAGGAGAAUAUUUGCUAAUGUUACAGAUAUUGAAGAAAUGCAUUCGGUCAGUUACGCAGUUUUUCUUCUGUUGUGGCAGACUGACUUUACAUGAAGACUUUAUUGAACAAACAUGGCAUUUUCUCCAUUUUUUGCUAUACAGAUUUCUGUCUGUUCUAAUAGCCAGCCUGUACUUUAUAAUCCAUUCUGUACAGUUCUAAUAGAUGUCUAUAUAAAUAGUAUGUUCUCUCUAUAUAUUCUGUUUCAAACAGGCAUCACGUCAAAUGUGUGACAUUAUAAAGAGAAGAAAAACACAUCUAAUGGGCCUCUGGCAAUAUGUGAGUGUAAAUAGUUUAUUUUUCGUAUCAGUGUAUUAUUUCUUUUUCCUGUAGUUGUUCAUAAUGAAAAUACGAUUUUUUUAAUAUCUGUAAUUGAUCAACUAGCCUUUUCCCCUGUGUAGUAAACAAUUUGACGUUACCAACGCUUACUGCGCCCUUUUUUGUUAAACUGAGGGUUGAUUCACAUCCAGGGGGAAAGAGCCAAGAGAGCCCCCAUCCUCAUUUGAUUACUGAAAAGCUCUUAACAUUGUAUAUGAAAGAAGAACUGUGAUUGAGCACUGGAACACUGUUUAUGCAUUAUUUAUCUUGUAAACCAAGAUUUUUUUUUUUUGACAUUUUGUGAUCAGUUGGGUGAAUCCCACUAAAACAUUUCUUUGUCAAAUGCACCCGUUUAGGUAACGGGAAUUAGACAUUUAUGUUGCCCUUUUCUUUUAUUGGUUUAGAUGGAUUACUGGUUGUGAGUGAAUGUGUGUGUGAGCGCGUGCUCCCGGCAGACUCAAUCUCUCAUGGCUUUAGGUGUCAGUACUCUAUGCUUGUGCAUCCUGUGAGAAGCUUCUCUGCAGUCAGUGGAAAUGUUCCUUGUAAUACUGUGCAUUUAAUAAAAGUGGUAUGUCUUACAA